AUCAACGAUUAACGUAGUUGAAUGAAUCUUUACAUGGUUGGUUCCGGUUGUAGUUUUCGUUCUUUUUAGCAAAAUGGCUCCGAAACCGAAGCCCACGGAUAAAGCAGCAAGCAAAUCGUCUGAGAAGAAGACGACAGAGAAAAAGGCGGAGAAGAAACCAGCAACAGCUGCUUCGACGUCAAAAGUAACAAAACCAGCUGCAAAACCAGCUAGUGCCGCAAAGAAAGCAGCGCCUGCUAAAGCAGCAAGCGCCACAAAGCCUGCAGCAAAACCAGCAGCAAAGUCUGCACCUAAAGUUGCAGCAAAACCAGUGGCCACUAAACCUAAGAAACCUACUCAACCUGCAAAGAAAACACCCAAAGGUGGAAAAGCGGCUGCGCCACUUCAGAAAGCACUUAAAGCUCAGAAAAAGAUAUUGAAAGGUGUCCAUGGAUCAAGAGUAAGGAAAAUAAGGACAUCUGUCCAUUUCUAUCGCCCAAAAACUUUCAGGCCACCAAGGAAUCCAAAAUAUCCACGAAAAUGUGUCCCAAACAGAAAUCGUAUGGAUGCAUUCAACAUCAUUAAAUUUCCAUUGACUACUGAAGCUGCUAUGAAAAAGAUUGAGGACAACAACACAUUAGUUUUUAUUGUACAUACUCGUGCUAAUAAAUACCACAUUAAGUCUUCGAUUAAGAAGCUAUAUGAUGUUGAUGUGGCUAAAGUUAACACUCUAAUUGGACCCGAUGGUAAAAAGAAGGCAUAUGUGCGAUUAACUCGUGAUUAUGAUGCUCUUGAUGUUGCUAAUAAGAUUGGUAUAAUAUAAACAACUGGUACAAAGAAUAUCUGUACUAAUAAAAAAUAUUGAUACAAAAAAUUA